AUGCGCGAAAGCAUGACGUGCUAUCGCCUUACGCGAGCCGAGCCCUCUACACUCGAGGAGGCGUUCACCCUAGCACUGCGCAAGGACUACGUGGUGGCAACGUCCUAUGCAUGUGUACUGUCCGCUGAAGCUCGGAAAUCUGCACUCGAACUAAAGGAUAAGUCGAAGCGAUCGUUCUCUAACCUGCUUCCGUUGCCGUAA